AUCAUAUCGUCAAUUCAUCUCAAUCAAUUCAUAAAUCAAUCCAUCAAUCAACCUGUAUCCAUACAUUACCCCCUUUUGAUUGAGUUGACCCUUCAAUCGCGUAAGUAGAUUCCAAUCCCCCCCCCCCCCUUAGUUUGCUUAUCUAUCACUCACUCAUCCCCACACAUUAUUAAAUCGGAGUGAUCGAUCUAUAUCAUCAACCCAUUUCAAUUCAUCAGUAUUCAUUCAAUCAUAUCACCUUACGUCAUCCCUAAUCAUCCCUAAAGACGCGUCAGAAUGUUGCUGAGAUCAAUUCUUACUAGACAAUUACAAAGAUCAUCUUUAAAAUGUACUCCUGGUACUUAUCAUCAAUUAACAAGAUUAGUAUUAUUAUCAACCACAAGUUCUCAAUCCAUAAUUGCUGGUCAAUUCAAACUUGGUGGUUAUAAUAAUGGCAAAACUAAUGUUGGAAGUAGAUGUAAUGUGAUUACAUCUAUAAGGGGGUAUGCUACCUCUUCUAAUAAUAAUAAUAAUGAUGAAGAUGAUUAUGAAAUUGAUUUAAUCACAUUAAAGAAAACUCCUAAGGUUAAACCUGUUGAAAACGAACAAGCAGAAGAAGUUAAGAAAGAUAAUUCAGAAUUGGAUGAUUUAUUUAAUGAUGAAAUUAAUCAUAAAGGUAAAUUCCAAAAAUAUAAAUCUUUUGAAGAUGUUUACUUAAAUGCUCAUGAUGUUCAAUGUGAGAUUUAUGAACCUGAAUUAGUUCAACAUGUUUUGAAGAAUGAAGUUCAUGAAAAGGAAUUGGAUUUCGUUUAUGAAUAUUUUGAUGAAAUUAAUAUCUUUUUAACUUUUAUUCAAAAAUCUUAUAGUAAUAAAAUUAGAGAUUUUGAACAAUUAACUUAUAUUGAAUUCUCAAAUUGUUUAUAUAUCUUUAAGAACUAUUACAUGAAUAAUAAAAUCAAUUCGAUUAAAGCGGAAAAUAUCGGCACUUACAAUCGAAUGUUUGAUCAAUUCUUAGCUUUCCUUAAAACAAAUCAUGAAUUCCCCACCUUAUUAACUCAAGAAUUAGUACCAGAGGCUAAUGAAUUGAAUCGUCUUAUUUCUGUAGCUGUGACUGAUUUAUAUUUCUUUAUUGAUGAAUUGGAUUCAUUAAAUAAAGAAUUUGGUUUACAAACGUUAUCGUCGGUUUCAGAAUUAUCCGAUCAUAUUAAUAAUACUUUAAAACAAUUUGAUCAAUUUUCAAAAUAUUAUUUAAUCCCCGAUUCAAAUUAUAUAAAGAUCUCCCUUCAAAUUAAAAGAUAUAAUAGUUUGAAAUCGUUCUUAGAUGCAAAUGAAGGGAAAUAUACCGUUGAUGAUUUAUUACUUUUAGUUGAAAAUAAAGAGAAAUUGAAAGAUGUCGAGUUUGAUGUUGUUUCUGAAACUUAUCAACCUUUUGAAGGAAUUGUUGAAUAUUAUCAAUUUUUAGGAUGGAAAUAUAAUUUAGAUAAUAAUUCUCAUAAUUUUUUGAAUGUGGCUCCUAUUUUAUUUCAAAUUUGUCAGGACAAUCAUAUAGUCAGUGAUUCAUAUAGAGCAGCAUCGUAUAUCUUGCAAUAUUUCGUGUCAUAUAUCUCAAAAGGUUAUUAUUCUUUUGAUGAUGCAAGCAGUCAACUUUCUAGUGCUGCCGAGUCCGCUACCCCAUUGAAAAUCUAUGAUGCAUUUAAAAGAUAUGCUAGAGAUCCAGAAGAACUCUAUUUAAUUUCAAAAAUGUUUCAGAGUGGAUUACCAGUUGAAAGUUUUAGAGAACAAAUUGAUGGAGGAGCAAUGUUUACUAUUGAUUAUGAUCCUGUCGCUGCUAUUAAUAGAUCUUACUAUUACGCCGAUCAGGAGAUUAAUGAAUCUAUAUUCAAACAUUACUAUAGAGAUAAUGAAUUUACCACCUUUUUUGAUCUAUAUCCUUGUAUUGAAAGGAUUAUUUCUACACCUUAUUUAUAUAAAAUCUUUAGGGCUAAAAACUCAUCCGACUUGGAUAUUCACGAUACUAAUAUUGAAAUCCCUGAUGAAAUUUACGUGACUCCCUUCAAGAGUUUGUUAGCUCAUGUGAGACUUUAUUUAUUUGACAACCAACCUUUUGGAGGCUAUACUUCAGAUCAAGUUCUUAAAAUUAUUAUCGAUAAUGAAGAAAAAUUCAUGAAAAUAUACGAUGGAAUGAGAGAUGUAUUUGAAGAUGAUUACUUUUUACUAAGUAGAAGUGAAAAGUUUGCAAAGUUGGUUUAUUACUUGAAGGAAUAUUUUAAGGUUAAGCCUAAUCAAACUUUUGAAUUGGAUAAAAUUGCAGAUGAAUACGUUGCAUCUCAUAUUGACAACAUCAAGAAUUUGAAACAAUUGGAAAUGGAUUAUCUUCAAAUUCCAGAAGCAGUUGGACUCUAUAAAUUUGGAGAUGAAUUAUAUACUAUCAUGAGGCUUCAUUUCGAUAAAUCUGGUAAUAGAAUCACGGUUGAAAAUUUCAUAAAUCAAUUAAGAUAUUUGAUUGAUGUUUCUUAUGACCAUUUCCCACUGAAAUUUUUGAAUCCAUUAAUGAGAGAAAAUCAUUUGCAAUAUAAGAAAUUAUUAGAAGUUUUAGAUAAGGCUCAAGCUUUGAGAGUUGCUGUUGGUUUUGCAAUCACUUCGAAGGAUGAUAAUUCCUUUGAAGAAUAUAUCAAGGAAUUAAACCCAGAAGUGUUUGAUACAAGAACUCUUUGGGAUACAUUUGAUUUGGAACCUAUUAAUACUACUUAUAUUCAAAUUCCGGAAGAUUUAAAACUUCAUCAAUUCCAUAAGGAAUUGAAAGCCUUUGGUGAAGAAAUUCUAGAAUGUGAUUAUGCUGAAGCUGAUCCAGAAGAAAUUCUUGCGGUUAUGGAUCAUAAAAUUAAUCAAGUUUAUAAGAAUGCUGACAAGAUUUUAGUCGAUGACGAAUAUUAUCCUGUGAUUAAUGACUCAAAUGUUUGUGACUUUGUGAGAUUACAGAAGAGAUUAAGUCACUUGUUUUCCAUUAAUGGUGGAAAUACAGAAGUGUUGGAUACGUUAAUCAAUAGUCAAAGUGCAUUUGAAGAAUUUGAAAAGUCUAAACCUGUUGAACCAGAACCUAUUGUGGCAGAAGAACCUAUUAUAUCGUCAUCUGAAUAUAAACAAAUUCCAGAUGAUUUCUUCUUGGAAGAAUAUGUGAUUGAAUUGAUUCAAUUAAAGGAAGAAUUAAAUGGAGUUCCAUUUAAAGAUCUUGAUUCAAAUGUUAUUUUAGCUAAAUUAUUAGAAUUAUCUAAUGGUGAUGGAAGUAUUUCAAAGAAGAUUGUUUGGAGUAAAUUAUAUCGUAAUUUGUCCCUAUUAUUUAAGAUCAAUGGAAAUGAAACUUUCAUCUUAGAUAAUGUGUUGAUUAAUGGAGAAGAAUUUAUUAAAUUUGAAUCCAAGAAAUCAUUUAAUAAUGCAGUUGAUGUUCAUGAAAAUUCAUGGAUUGGAGAAAAUAGUAAAUUAAUCAAUAAUAAUUUCCAAGACAUUGAACAAUUAUUAACCAUUUCAAAUUUAAAGAAUAAAGAUGGUAUUUGGAAUUUAUCUCCUCAAGAAUUCACUCAAAUUUUAACUAAUUACGCUGAUACUUAUGAUAAAUCAUCUUAUAAUUAUCCUAUCGUAUUGAACUUAAUGGAAACUUUAAAGACUUUGAAUGCUAAAUUAGAUUAUUAUCCUAAUUUCUUACAACAAUUAUAUGAAAUUAAAUCUAAUAAUGUUAAUAAAAAGUUAACUGAAUUAGAUGUGGAAGAUAUUUAUAAAGCAUUUAUUGAAAAGUUAGAAUAUGAAGAAUCUCAAAAGGAUGAAGUACAUCAUAUUGAAGAAAGAAUUAUUUGUCCAUCGAGUAAGAGUCAUGUUGGUAUCAAACCAAUCUAUGAAAGAACUCAUGAUAUUGAUGAUGCUGAAAUUGCUAAAUUAAAAGCGGAAUAUAAUGAUUCUGAACAAAUAAUUUCCAAUCUUAUUAAAGCUGAAGAUUCAGUUGAUCUUGAUCAUAAUGAAGUAUUAUCUGCUGGAUUACACAAUGAAGAAUCUAUCAUUAAGGAAGCUAUUUCUAAUGCUGUUAAGGAAACCCAAGCUGAAGAAGAAGAGCAAGAAGCUGCUCGUAUUGUUGCUCCACCACUUUAUAAGAAAUUUGAUAUUACCUCUCAAGUUGAACCAGAAGAAGAUGCUAAACCCAUUGUGGUUGAUAAAUUUUCAUUAGAACAUUUCUUAAAGGAUGCUAAGACUUCAAGUGAAUUAGAAGAUGAAAGGAAAUUUAGACAAGAUAAAGCAUUUGAAUGGAGUCAUAGUAUGUGUCAUUCCAAUCGUUCCUUAGAAUCCCAUAAUUUCUUUGAUCCUUUAGAUGGUGAACAAAACUUUAAUCAAGGUAAAGCUGAAUUUUUAUUAUUAACCCUUGAAGGUCAAGCUAUUAGUUGUGAUGCCGAAUCGAUUGGAAAAUUACCAAAACAAGAUAUCUUUAAAUUCUUGAAUAAGUUUGAUAAUUUUGAAUUGGAAUUAGUUAUGAGAAGUCUUAGAAGAUUACAAAGAUCAAAUUGGAAAUUAAUUGGUAGUAAAGUUGAAGGAGAUCAAAAGUAUUUAAUUUUAUCAAGAACUAGACCAAGUACUAAGCGUAGAAUUUUAACUAAGAUCAAGACAUUAUUUGCUACUGCUGGUGCCGUAUUUUUAACGUUGGCUGGUCUUAAUGUAUGGUUAGGUGAUACUGUCAGUGGUGUAUCUGAAGUAAAGGAGAUUGAAAAUGGUAAUAAGAUUGAAACAUUGAUUAAUCAAGAUGCUGCUAGAGUGGAAGUUCCAAUUACAGCAUGGGCUCCAGAAAGACCAACAAAGGAAGAAGUGGUUGAGAGAGCUACUAGUUUCGGAUCUGAUGAUGAUAGUUCCUCGUCAUCGUCAUCUUAUUGGAAAUCAAUAUUAUGGAGUGGAAAGUAGGUGAAAGUUAUUUUUAUUUUUAUUUCUAAUUUUUUUUUAUUUUUUAUUAUUACUAUUUAUGACUAUUUAUCGACAAGAAAGUGAAUGGUGAUGUCGAUUAUUAUGGAUAAUUUGGAAAGGAGGGAAACGGUAUUUUUGGAAGGAUCGGUUCGGAUGAUUUCUAAGUAUACUACUGGAUAGUCUUAGUCUUAUUAUUACUAUUUUUAUUAUUUUUUAUUCUCUUAUUAUUAUUAUUGUUUUUUACUUUUAUUAGUUUUGUUGAUUGAUUAUAUAUUCAAAAAGAACACAUAUUUCUACUGUUUGAUUGUUUUGUUUGUCAUUGAAAGUUGAUUAUAUAUUGAAAUAUAUGAAAUGUCU